CACUUUCAAUCGACUAUUAUUAAUUAUUGCAUUAAGUUGCAUUGUAUUGGAUUAUUAGGCCUUUUCUUUGUUUAUCACUAUAGUUUGUGUUAUUAAAUACUUACAACAUCACCGAAUAAUUCAUAAGAGAUUAAGCAUUUACAUUUCCUACUUUUGAAUACUAUACGAUAAGUAGGAAUCCCACAAUUUGUUGUUCCAGAAGUUCGAGGAAGGUUUUCACUAUAGUUUUUAUUUUUAAGGCGUAAUGGAUCAAAUACAGCCCGUGCCGAGUAUGCCUCACAUAGUGCAGGUGUACCAGCCUUCAGUGUCCAGCACUAAGAUACAAAAUCCGCAAAUUAUUCACAUAUCUCAUCCCACACUAACCACCAGCCAGCCCACAAAGAUAACAUACCAGCAGACGGUCACAUCGGGAUCAUUGACUAUACCGGUGUCAGAUGUGGAAAGCCGUCUACAGAAUCAGAUUGUCAUGUCUUGCCAGCAGACACAUUUGCAGAACAUGCAGCCUGUUACCAUGCAGUCUCAGAUACUCCAGAGUGACGUGCCUGUACAGUUUACGUCCCACAUGCUGCUACCCCACGUACCUCUGUUCAAACAGUCCAUGGUGGUGGACGAGUCACAGCAGUACUACGGACAGUACGGAGCUUACAUCAAGGAGGGCUUCAUUGCUAAGGCUGAACCAGAACUGACUGCCAGUGAUAAACAGACCGAAUGUGAACUAGAAACACCGAACGAGAUAGUAGAAGUGCAACAGAAGCGAUCGAGAAAUCGGGUGCCCGACCCCAGCAGCUGGGCAUGCAAUGUCAGGAAAACAAAACACCAGAGCGGAGAAGCUUACAUCAACAAGAGAGGCAAAUACGUCCCCGAACGACAGAUCAAAAGCACUAAAAACUGCUUAACAAUGUGCAAGUUGAAGUGUAACAAGAAAAUCAGUGAUGCGGACAGAGAACUCAUCUUUAAAGCAUUCUAUUCACUAUCUGCUAACGAGAAGAAACAUUUCUUACUCAACACAACGGAGAGACAUGAAGCCAAACAUUGUAAAAUGGACACAAACCCAAAAAGACAGUAUACAUAUAAAUAUUUCUUCCUAAUCCGAGGCACCAGGCAUACGGUAUGUAAAGACUUUUACUUGGGUACUUUGUCAAUAUCCCAGAAGCCCGUUUAUAAUGUUCACGCUGGUAAAUCUGAGAUGAACAUACCGAAGCCAGAUGGUCGAGGGCUGUCAGCUGCGAGCAUACAUGGUGUGCCUGCUUCGGAGAAGGAUACGGUCAGAAAACAUAUUAUGUCUUUUAAGACUGUUGAUUCGACGCCUAUAAAACAAUUCUCAAGAAAAAAACAGUACAUAGCGCAUGAUUUGAGCAUAAAACAUAUGUAUACGAUGUAUGUAGAUGAUUGUUGCAACAAAAACGUGUUUGCAGUGAGAGAAUCGAUGUAUAGGAAGAUUUUAAAAGAAGAAUUCAAUAUUAAUUUUUUUAAACCCAAAAAUGAACAAUUGUGCGCUAAGUGCAGAGAACCUAUUAAGAAAAAGAGUGAGUGAAUUACUACUAUUUACUACAUUUAAUACAACAGCCUAUAUACAUCCCACUGCACGCCACAGGCCUCUCCUCGGUCAACUGGAGAGUAUGGAGUAUGGAGCAUACUCCACCGCACUGCUCCACUGCGGGUGGACUUAAUACGUGAAUUAUAAUAAUUAUUUUUACACUUUAGUUGCUAGUCAAAAGAAUAUUUUUAUAAAUUGCUAUAAUUUGACUGACUAUAUAUGAAACUAAUCUACUGGUACUGUGGUAUAAAGUUAUGUAACUAACUGCCUAUUAUUAUUUAAGCUUAUUUAAGUAAAACUAAUAUGUUCACAA